CAUAUGUGAACGGUGUUCUUGAUAUUAAUUCUUGCUGAAACAUUUCUGUCGUGUUAACGUACGGACCUUAAUUAACAAUGGAUCAUUUAAGACAUAAAGUAGUGGUUAUUACAGGUGCUGCGCAUGGAAUAGGUGCUCAAAUUGCUGAAGACUUAGUAAAAAUAGGAACGACUGUUAUUGGGUUCGAACCAACAGACGAGAAAGUCGAAGAAAUGUUGACUAAAAUGAAUAGUUGGGGCAAUUUUGAAGGACAAUUAAUACCCUGUAAAUGUGAUGUGUCUAAAGAAGAAGAUAUAAAGAAUGCUUUUGAAGGUAUAGUAGCAGCAUAUGGUGGCACUGAUGUUCUGAUAAAUAAUGCUGCUGUCGGAAAGGAAGGAUUAAUAUCAACAGGAGUCAUAAAAGAUUUAAUUGAUGUUGUGGACACAAAUAUUUACGGAUUAAUAACAUGUACAAGAUACGCGAUUAAUUCAAUGGUGAAAAAAGAUGUUCUAGGCCACAUUAUUAAUAUUAAUAGCAUUUGUGGUCACUAUAUGCCCCCUUUUGCCGAACCAAAGAUAAAUAUGUACAUAGCGUCUAAGCGUGCGAUGACAGUGUUAAAUACUUUAUUGAAGAACGAAUUUCAACUAAUUAAUCGAAAAAUUAAAGUAUCAAGCAUAUCACCAGGGAUUGUACGUACGGGGAUAUUUAAAACUGCUGGUAUAAGUUUCAUAAAUGAAGAGUUUUUUCAAAAGUAUCCACAUUUGACUGUAAAAGAUGUAUCUAACGUCGUUCUAUUGGUUUUGUCAGCUCCCCGUGGUAUACAAGUGAAUGAGAUAAUAUUUCAUGCGUUACAUGAAAUUUAUUGAGGUUUU